GGGGGUGGAGGGGGUGACAAGAUGGCGGCGGAGACGGUGGAGCUUCACAAGCUGAAGGUACCGUGAGGGGCAGAGGCCCGGGCAUGGCUGGGGGCCGAGCUCUACGAGCUUCUUGGCUUGUCUUUCAUAUUGUCUUGACUACAGUCACAACUCGUGGAUGAGGAAACUCCCUCUACUAAUGCAGCUUGCUGAGCUGAAGCAGGAAUGUCUUGCACGGGGCCUGGAGACCAAAGGAAUUAAACAAGAUCUCAUCAAUAGACUCCAGGCUUAUCUUGAAGAGCAUGCUGAAGAGGAGGCCAAUGAAGAGGAUGUUCUGGGAGAUGAAACAGAGGAAGAAGAACCAAAGCCAGUAGAAAUACCUGUCAAAGAGGAAGAACCUCCAGAGAAAACUGCUGAUGUGGCAGCAGAGAAGAAGGUAGUGAAAAUCACAUCUGAAAUACCACAGACCGAGAGGAUGCAGAAACGAGCUGAGCGAUUCAAUGUACCUGUGAGCUUGGAGAGCAAGAAAGCUGCCCGUGCAGCUCGAUUUGGCAUUUCUUCAGUUUCAGCAAAAGGUUUAUCAUCAGACACCAAACCUAUGGUAAACAUGGAUAAAUUAAAGGAAAGGGCUCAAAGAUUUGGUUUGAAUGUCUCCUCCGUCUCUAAGAAGAGUGAGGAUGAUGAGAAGCUGAAAAAGAGGAAGGAGCGAUUUGGGAUUGUCACAAGUUCAGCUGGGACUGGAACCACAGAGGACACAGAGGCAAAGAAGAGGAAAAGAGCAGAGCGUUUUGGUAUUGCCUGAUGAGAAGUUUUGCUGCUUUCUGCUGUUGAUGAUUCCCGUCUCUGAUUCUUCUUGGUCAUUUACAUACCCACAUGUAUAGAGGCAGGCACCUUCCUGGGCCUUGUCCCCUCAUGAGGGGACAUGUAUCCCAGAUACAUACCCAAGGCCUCAGCAGCAGUUUUAGCUUUUUCCCGUUACAACUUCAAGGUGUUGUGUUUUUUUUCCUGUUGUUGUUUUGUUCUGUUUUGUUUUUGUAAUUCUGGUUGUUAAUUAAAAAAAUUAGAAAAGAAAUG